GUAACACCUCCACCCAUUCUUUGCGACGCUUAUGAUCAUGCUUAUCGCUAUCUUCAUGUUUACAUGUUUAUUCCAAUCAUGAUCAAGAUUUAAAUUUGCAGCUUCUUCAAACCUAUUGAAAAUUUCUAUCGUCUGGAUUGAAAAUGCUGCUAAAAAAUUCCUCUGCCCUUAACCCUAAAUUGAGUCCGCUUCCUUGCAUUUCAAGGACAAGUUCGAGCCUUUCUAAUCUGCACAAACUCUCCUCUUCUCCCAUGUUCAAAAUAGCCUUCUCCCAUUUUCGUUUGACACUUCCCCACAUCAGAAAACCAAGAGAAAAUUGUUUCAAUAUUACAGAUAUAUAUUAUGAAGAGAUGUUGGAGGCAAAUCCUGGGAAUGCGCUACUGCUCAGGAACUAUGCCAAAUUUUUACACGAGGUGAAAAGGGACAUUGACAAGGCAGAGAAAUUCUAUGCAAGGGCCGUUCUGGCCAGUCCUGCAGAUGGAGAAGUGCUGUCACUUUAUGCCGAAUUGGUAUGGGAAGCUCAUAAAGAUGUAGAUACAGCCGAAGCUUACUUUAAACAAGCAGUCCAGGCUGCCCCUCAUGACUGCUAUGUAAUUGCUUCCUAUGCCAAUUUUUUAUGGAACUUGGAGGAGAGCGAUGGUUAAUGUAUAAGAGGGUCUCCUAAGAAAUGACAGUACGGCAUUUCAGUAAGCUCUUCCAUGGCAUGCCUUUUUAAAUUUAACAACCGAAUACCAGAGGGUGAUUAGGGAGCGAUGCCAUGAAGCAGGUGUGCCUGUUUUUUGUUUGUAAAAUGUAAAAGUUAUAUGCAACAAAGUGAAGUUUUUAUCCUUUACUGUUAAGUUUUAGGAUAACAAGCUUUAGCCCCUCUGUAUAGUUCCAUAUAUUUAGCGUAUCUUGUAAAAGACUUUAAUAUGUAUAAUGUGUUUAAUAUAUGGCUGGAUAGA